CUCAGUUCCACACAACACACAGAAAAUGAAGGUCGCGGCGGCUCUCUCCCUGCUGGUGGCGGUGCAGCUGGUUUACGUACACCUGGCGGAGGCGCAGUAUGAGUCGGAGGUGGACGAGACGGCGCCCUACGAGGUCAUCAGGAAAGGAAAGGACUACGAGGAGAGGUUCUACCCGCCUGCAAGAUGGGUGUGCCACAGCAGUACAUCCAUGAGACCCACUAUGAGCAGAAUGUCCCAGUCCUUCUUCCCUCUCUUCUCUUACAUCACCGGUUCCAAUGACAGAGGCGCCAAGAUCAAGAUGACAGCGCCGGUCACUACUAUGCUGAAGCAGGACCCCGCCAUGCGCAGGUGGUGGACCCAGAUGUGCUUCUAUGUUCCCAAGGCCCACCAGGCAGACACCCCUCUCCCCGAGAACGCCGAGGUGUACCUGGAGGACCGCCCCGCCAUGAUGGUGUUUGCCAGAACUACGGGAGGUUUCCUGACGAAGAUGGCGCAGUGGAAAUACCAGGCAACGCUACUGAAGGAGUCACUCGUGAAUGCCAAGGAACCCGCAGACUUCUCUACCUACUACAUGGCUGGCUACGACUCUCCCAUGAAGUUUUUGAACCGACGGAACGAGGUCUGGUAUAUGAAGAAGAUGUAAGGAUGUUAAAAUGUCACAUUCUCUCGUGCUACUUCUAAGAUGACUUCACUUUUACCUGUUUUGUGUUGUUUUGCUUUGUGUCCUUCCAAUUGAGUCAAUAAAGUUGUUUUUAGCUCAGA